CCACCAUCUUGAAGACAUCGCACACCCGGAACCUCUAUAACUUCCCCCGUUGAUCAUAAUGGUCGCCUUCCGUUCAACUCUUUGGUGGUGCGAAGCGCCUCCUGCUGUUUGGGUUUAAGCUUGGACUUGGGACUGGUUCGAGUGGCUUCUUCGAACCGAACCUCGACGCCGCCGCUGCCGCUGCCGCUUCUCUAGGGUGCUAGUUCGCGUGGCUUGGUUCCCAGUGCCUCUGUUCUUUCUUCAGCCGGAUCGGGUCUCAGGAUCUACGCCAAGAAGAUUGGAAUUCACGGCGUGGAGCCUAGCUUCGGCUGGAGUCUCGUCCGUUAUAAAGACAAGUCCAAUCGCAGGCCCUCAAUGGUUUUCUUUUCAGAUCACUGCCCGCAAGCCCAACAAUAUCUCAAUCUCCUUGCCUUCGACUCAUCUCACAGUAGCCGGUUCGCAAGCCAAGAUGAAGUUCUUGACCGGUCUCAUUCUACUUGCCUCCCUUGCGAGCGCCAACCCCGCCAACGCCACCAAACCCGCGAAUACCACUACAUCCGUGAAUACCACCAACCCCGUGAAUGCCAUCACACCCACGAAUAUCACCGUAUCCGUGAACACGACUAAUCCCCUGGAUACCACCAAGACACCUAUCAGGAUCAAGCUUAAACGCGGCUCUAGUAACACAGGGGUCAAGAUCUUUUUGACAAAUACAGACUCAAAACCCUGGAAGCUCUUCAAACUUGCCACCGUAUUGGACAAGGCCGCCGUUGAAAAGGUGACUGUAUAUUCCGACAAUACGCGAGUGCCCUUCGACGGCGUGCGGUUACGCAUUGCUCCGCAGGACCUUAUGACGGAGGAUGCCUUCCAUACCCUUGAGGACGGUCAGACCAUGGAGAUCAAUUUCGAUUUCGGACAGAUGCACGACCUCGGCGACAGCGGCGUCUACGAUCUCCUGGUCAACAGCGGCAUUCCGUACGCCAAGGAAGGCACCACCGAGAUCGCCGGCGUUAUCCCAAUCACCAGCAACACGCUCACGGUUAAAGAUGUCGACACCAGGGUGGCGGCGCUCACACGCAUGGCUUUCCACCAGUCUAUAAAGCGCACCAUGGUGCAGUCUGACUGUCAGGACAGUGAUUUGGACACAGUGAACUUGGCGCUCAGCAACUGCGUAACACUCGCUCAACAAGCCGCCAACGCCACCAGCAACGACACGCGAAUGGACGAGUACUUCAAAGACACGUCGGAUGAAGCCAAGUACAAUGUCACCGACGUCUUCAACAAGAUAGCGGUAGAGUGCCAGAGCAACAUAGAUGGAGUGUCUCAGCAGUACUGCGGCGACGUCUACAAGUCGUGCUCGCCUGGCGUCCUGGCCUACACGGUCCCCGCGUACAGCUACAUGGUCAACUGCCCCCUUUACUUCAGUGCGCUUCCGAGUCUCACCACGACGUGCCACGGGCAGGACCAGACCACCACGACCAUUCACGAAAUGACGCACUUGCUCCAGAUGAAGGGAACACUCGACUUUGGUGUCUACGGCUACGAUGCGAUGAAGACGCUCGAGUCAAGUCAAAACUUGAACCAUGCCGAUACCUACUGCCUAUUUGCCAAUGCUGUUAACCUUAACGACAUCUGCUAGAGAGUGACACGGGUCGCGCGCGGGGCAGGCCCCGGAACCCAUUUUAAAAGACCAAAAAGUAGAAUGACAAGGCGCGAACAAGAGCUGAUGCAGUUCUAUAAUGUGCAUAUUGGAUGGGCGAUCGGCCACGCCAGGAGUCUCAUGAUGCUUGACGUAUAGGCACUGGCCUACCGCGUCUUAAUUAAGGUUAAUACGGCGAUGUCUUAAUGCGGACCAUAGGUUUGCCAUCAAUAACACUAAUCAAUAGAAACGAGAUGA